AUGGCGUCCGUGGAGAGUAGGAGAAUCGUAGAUCUGCGUGUGAUUGAUUUGAAAAACGAACUGGAAAAGAGAGGAAUCGACAAGACAGGUGUCAAAUCCGUUCUACAGGAUAGACUUCAGAAGGCUCUUGCGGAUGAAGGUGAAGAUCCCAGCACUUUUGUGUUUCAAGUUGUAGAAACCCCAAAGAAAGGAUCAGCCAUUAAUAAAAGUAAUUUA